AUGACGGAUAUGAAUGCGCCGGAAAUAGUCCAGAAGUCUAUGAAAGAAUUAAUAACGUUAAACAAUCCUAAUGGAACCAUAAAAGGCAAAAACAAAAAAUUGACGGAUGCAGAAAAAGCCAUGAAUAGGGUGGAAGAACCUAAAGAAUAUCGUCCGAAUGUACGUCAUCGACCGAAUAUUCUAAGGUUGAAGGGUUCGGUUUUACCAAGUGUCAUUAUACCAACUAUAAUGGUAACCAUAUUUGCCGCUAUUAUCACAAUUCUCUUUGAAGUAUAUGCGUUUAAAUUAAGUAUACCCAAUACCUUUACCCCCAUCAUUGGUAUUGUGGUUGGUCUUUUGCUCUCCUAUAGAACAAACACAGCUUAUGACAGAUUUUGGGAAGGACGAAAACUUUGGUCCACGAUGGUGGUGCAUAUUCGUAAUUUGACACGAAAUAUUUGGGUAGGAGUAAGAGAAGAUAAAAUAAUUAUCGAGAAAGAAAAAGUAUCUCCCAAAGUUGGAAAAUCACAACCAGAAAUAAUUUUGGAAAAGGCAACCGCAAUAAAUUUAUUACUCGGAUUUGCAGUGGCAGUUAAACAUUUUCUUAGAGAGGAAACUGGAACUAAUCAUGCAGAUCUAGAAUAUUUAAUUUCAAAUAUUGGAGGAACUUUAAAAUCAUUUAAACCUUUAGCGGCUAAAGAUGUUAAUACCUCUAAUGCACGUAAAGUUGGAUGGUUUACUAAAAUCUUUCAAAGAAAACUUAAGCCUCAUCAAAGAAAAUUUAAUCCUAGUUCUUUGGAAUGUAACCUUCCUUUGGAAAUUACUCUUUACCUUUCUUCUUAUAUUAAAACUCAGUUAGAUACAAAGAGAAUUGAAAAUCCCCUCAACAAUCAGUUGUACAUGUCCCUUAAUGAAUUAAAAACCAUUUUAUCUCAUGAACCUCCACGCGUUGAUGAUUGGAUCAACGCCGACGAAAAUCAUCCAUUUCCAAAAGAUAAGGAUCUUACAGCCUCUGAUGCUGCAAAAAAACCAAAGCAAGAAAUAAGGACUUUACUUGCAAUAGAAGAAGUAAAAGAAGUGGCAGGAACUGACGGAGAAUAA